AUGCCUUCCAAAUCCCCCAGCAUCGUCCCCAAACUCCGCGGCAGAGAAGCUCCCAAGGAGGACAUGAACCUCAUCUACAGUGUACUCGAGAACAUCACCGCCAGUGACACGUUCAACAAAGGCCUUCUCAAAUUCGAUGCGGCCAAGGCCGCCGAAAGAGCCAAUAUCAGCUCAGAAGGAGUGCUUCGCACCAGGUGGCACACAUACCGGGUGAAGUUCAAACUUAACGACAAUCUUCCAGUCGACCCAAACAAAGCUCACUUUUCGUCAAUCGAGCCCCGACUCCGUGACCUGAAACCUAAGACCAGCGUCCUCAAUGUCAUCUUUAGCAUCCUCGAAAAUCUUAAAGAAAAACCCAAAGCUGACUGGGCCAAGGUUGCGGAGCGGGCUGGCUUGAAGAGCGCAGACGAGGCUCAGCAGGCGUGGAAAGAUCUAUGUGCGAAGUAUCAGCUUUGUAACGAAGAAGUGGCGGUUUGGAGGGCUCCCAACGCUCCGUGCCCUAAUUAUCCGCGUGUUGUCGUUGCCAACGAACUUCAGCCUGCUUUUAUUUCCGUGGCUGAUUCUAUUUCUGCCUCACUCACUUCCCACGGUCCCCUUCCCCCCUGUACCCCUAUUUGGCCUACAGUCACGAAUGUUCCUUUUAACAACAACCUCCUCCCUGCUCCAGCCUCAGUCCCCGCGUCUGCACCAGUCAACACGCCGGCUGUCACCAGACCUCAUGCCCCCGGCCAUCCCCAUCCUCAAGUCUCCGGUACUCACAUCAACAACAACAACCACCCCGUCAACAAGGAGCCCGCCAACUACACCAGCACGGGUACCCCAACCGACGCUAAAUGCUGUCCCACCAAGGCCUUUGGUUUCAAGGUCGUCGCUAGAGCCCUACUUUGGCGGUCCAUCCUGGUUGAGGAGGAGAAUGAGAGGGAACAACAUGAGAGAGUCCUUGGUUUAUCUUCUCGUGGCAGUGCCCGACCUCAUUGUUCUUGGUCUUUUGACACGCCCAAAAGAGAGAAUGAGCCCGGGGUCAAUGGGGAGCCCAGAACCACGUCCACGACUACCUCUACCAACGAGGGCACUAGAGCGUGCAGAGGUACUCAAACCGAAGACCCAUGUUGCCGUGUGACCGCGUUUGGGUUCAGGGUGGCAUUUGUUUACAUGUUCGUUAUGCUCGACAACAAUGCCUACGCCGAAGAGGAGAGUGCCUCUGCCUGGCCUCUGGACCAUAUUGGAGCAGAAGCAGAACCCGUUGCCAACACCACCUCCUCUUCCUCCUCCUCCUCCUCUUCCUCCAGGUCCAACUCUAUUUUCUCCAACUCUUCUGCAACCUCAACCACAACAACACCUACAACCUCCCCCUUCCCCACUCCAACCACUGGGCUAACCGGCACCCCCUUCUCCCCCACCACCAAGAAGGCCAAAACCCUGCUAGAUGCCGCCAGGUACAUGUGGUCGCUAUCAGCCAAGGCCGAGUAUGAGCGCGAUGAGAGUCUGGGGGAGUGGCCGGGCUGGUUGCUCCUGGACCAAGGCGGUGGCGGUGGUGUGUCUUCGACUGCGUAUGAGAAUGCGGUGGCUGCGGCGGUGGCGCCGUUGAGGUUUUUGUGGUUGAGGGUUGCGGUUAUGAUCGAAGUCAUGGAUUCCCUUUUCUUGUGCGUCCGUCUAUCAGCCUUGUUAAAUGCCGGAAAAGCAGCAAAACGUGAUAACUGA